AGUCUGACAGUGAAUGUAUUAGCAAGACGCCUUCCGUUCCGCGCGUCAGAAGGCUGGUUAACGGUACGGAGCGUGCCCACAUUGUUCUGCUGCCCUACUGCUCAGUUUGAAUAGACACGAUGAAGGAUUUAUUUUUUAUCAUUCUCGUGGUUUUUUCAUCAUGGACAUUUAUCUCAGGCGCAAUGGUAACACAGUCGGGGAGGAGGAAUUUCCAGACGAGUACUCGGAAGAAUGAUUCCAAGGUUCGAAGUGCACGACUACCAGCGGUGUCGUUUUCAGCUGGACCAGCAAAGAGCAAGUGUGAGUCACAGAAAUGUAAUCCUGGCUACAAGAAGAAGGUAACAGCUAAUCCGACGGGAGGUUGUCCUAUCGUCAAUUGUAUAAGAAAGCAACAAGCUUACUGUCCUCCUGUAAAUUGUCAAAGCAAUCAAAAGAAAAGCUACAGUGGUAAAAAACUGCCAAAUGGCUGCCAGGAGAUAAAAUGUGUAAACAACCGCCAACCUCAGCGAGCACAGAGGCGGAGGAAAGGGGGUUGUCCAUCGGUGCGUAUGUGCACGCCUCGAGAGGAAGGUUACUGCGAGAUACCGCGCAUCAUUUACGUCAACCGCCAGAAGUGUUACCUCUGUCCCGAUGUUGUGAAAUGCAACAAACGCAAAUGUCCGGAUAUAAGUCUUUGUCCUUCAGCGAAUUUCCAGCUGGACGAAUGUCUCAUUCCUAGAAAGGAUAAAGGAGGAUGCAAGCAAUGCCCUGAGAUAACUAAAAAUUGUGAUCAAAUUGGUGGAGUAAGGAAACAACUCGUCUAAAUCACGAAACGUUCAACACUUUUAAUGAUGAGAUGAUAAGCAUCGACAUUAUACAAGCAGAAAUAACACAACGACGAACCUAAUAGUCACAUACAAAAAUAUAAGGCUUUAAUCCGAACCGAUAACAGUGUAUCUCUUAGUGAAUGAGAUUUGCGUACUGGAACACCAAAUAGGGCAUUGCAAAGUCUAGAGGGAUUACGACAAUAAAUUGACUAUGGUUGUCACCAUCAAGAAUGAAAAUAACAGGAAAGAUUUUGUGUUCACGACGUGAUGUGAU